UUCAUGCGUCGGGUGGUCCAGCUCAAACGAAAAGUAUUUGUUAUUGUUUUCUGUAACAAACUGUAAUGGAACAAUGCGCCUGAAUUCCCGUAUACCGUGUUUUUGUCAUUCGUUUUAACACCCACUGACUUCUUUUCUUUAUUUUGGUGCCUGCUGUGUUUGGAAGCUGGACCUGUUGGUGGUGGUAAUGCACCUCAAAGUUUUCGACCCCUGAAGAUAGAAGAAGAAACACGGAAAUGUCCAAACCGCAUGGUGUUAUUUUAGACCUGUGAGUCCCAAAAGAGUAGCGUUCAGCUUCAGGUUUGAAUCGGUCUCAUCCUGUUUGUGGCUGUCAACACGAUGGCGUCUGGCAGACAGCACUGCUCGUGUUGCUCCCAUCCAGUCUCCUCUCCCAGUGUUUACCAGACGUUGAAUGAAAUGGAUUUUGAACGAGGUAUCUGGUCUGCUGCAAUGGAUGGGGACGUGAAGAGGGUUGAGUCCUUGGUCCAGAAGGGCACAGACCCUAACCUGAGAGACUCAUCUGGAUACACAGCUCUGCACUAUGCAAGUCGCAAUGGUCACCUUGCUGUAUGCAAGUUUCUUCUUGAGAAUGGUGCCUGUGCAUCUCCCCAGACACCAGGCGGUGCCACACCGCUCCAUCGAUCAGCUUACUGCGGUCACCUGGAUGUGGUCAGACUCCUCGUGCACCACAGGGCAGAUGCAAUGCUCUGUGAUGAUGAUGGGGCCUCCCCUUUACAUAAGGCUGCAGAACAGGGUCAUGAAGAGGUUUGUCAGCUGCUUCUUGAGCACUGUCCAGCACUCUGCAGCCAGGCAAACAAGAGACUCCAGCUACCCCACCAGCUGGCACAGCGGGGAGAUCUGCAGGAGCUUUUAAAACCACCUCGGUGAUGACGGACACACUGCAUCUGGGGCAUGCUGAGUUGUCAUGUCAUUUGGCAGACAAAUGACAUGACCUCAAAACAUAUUAGGUGAGGUCCACUUACGUCAGGAUCAUGUUGACCUGAAUUCACUACAUUUGCCUACUUUUUUCUCUGCUGAACAACAGCAAAGAGACACCAAAUGAAACAGGAUGAACACGACAUUACAUUUUCUAGCUUUAAACCAUGAACAUCAUCCUGCUUCAGGUUUCUAGUUUACUGCUUGUGUAAUAAUUGCUCAUCCUAAGCUAUAAAAAGAACGUAAAGCCUGUCUGAUGAGUGACAAGAAAACAGACAGAUGUGACUGAUCAGUGGGAAAAAUCGAGAGUAUACUCAAACCUCACCAUCUGAUGUGGUGUUAAUGGCUGAAUCUUCAGACUUUGAUGAGUUCUGUACAGGAGCAGAGCAGGCGUACAAGUUAGCUGCUGGCAGAUGGACAGGAACAACAGCAGUUUAAAAGGCACAAAGUUUUGUUAUGACUUCUGAAGUUUCUUGUUAAAAUUACUGCACUUAAACCAACUGUGCAGGAUUUUAAAUGGUCUGUCUUUAAAAGGGCAGAAGUCAACAAAUAAACUAAGGCCUUCAGCAUACUGUGAAAGACGUCAUUGCACUGCAAACACCAGCAUUUGCCCUCACUGCAGCAUUAAUGACUCUAUGUUCGACAAAGCAGUUUGAAUUAAAACUGGACGUCAGUGUCUUCCUCAUAUUAGGGUUAUUUGUUAAACUUUAUUAUUUAUAUAUUUAAAUUUAUGUGGGAUUUAUUUUCACUUCUGACAGCAGGUGGAGCUGUUGUCCUACAAGCAGCAUGUGUUUUUUCCAGUACACCAUGUGAAUUAGCUGGCAGCUUCCACACAGUGACCUCAUUCGAUCCUCUCAGCACACUGCUGGAAAACUAAACAGCAUAACUGUUAGAAAGAGAGACAAUCAUGAGUGUAGCUGUUACAGCUGAUAAUAAAACAUCAUGUAUGGAUGCCACAGUUCAGCCAUGUAUGGUAAAUGGCACCAUACUGGGUUAUUUACUGUGUAUUAAUUAUAAAGUUAUCAAUCAAUCAAACACUUAAGCAGAUUUUUCCAGGUAAUUCUGACACGUAGCUAAAUCUGACAUGGUCUAUAGGAACAGUCAUGCUCAGCCUACAUAUUUUACUAGUGACCUGUUGCUGGCAACAUGUCUCAACUGCUUAUACUGUGCGACUUUUAUAUCUCUGUAAGUAUUAAAACAAAGACUUGAGACCUAGUGCUUAUGCUGUAAAGCAUGUACACUUUUCUGCACUGAGAGCAGAUGCUGAUGGUUGGUAGUCUUUGCAUUUUUGGUGAGUUAAUGACCUGAAAACACACAACUGUCCACCAACUUGGAACCUCUGGCUCCUAUUUUGUCAUACCUGUGGUUUUUGAUACCUCUUUGUGUAUCAUUGUGACCUAAAAUAGAAGAUUAAGUUUAAAUAAAUAAAUUUCACCGUCACACGUUUUAUAAGGUUUUAUAAACUUUUAAACUUUUUUUUU